CAUCUAUAUAAGGUUUAGAGUUUCUUGUUUUAGUUCCAAAUCAAGAAAACCAUAACUCAUCUUGCCUUUGGUUGCCAUGGCAAGGAUCAUGAAAGCACAGCCAUGGGCUGUGAUGGCUGCACUGGUUCUUUUGGCAGCUUUGAAAGUUAAUGGUGAUGAGACCUAUUCGCCGCCUUACGAGUACAAGUCCCCCCCUCCGCCAUAUGUUUACAAAUCACCUCCUCCGCCUCCUUACAAGUAUGAGUCACCACCGCCGCCUCCUUAUAAGUAUGAGUCGCCACCACCGCCUCCUUAUAAGUAUGAGUCACCACCACCGCCGCCUUACAAGUAUAAGUCACCACCACCUCCACCAUACAAGUAUGAGUCACCACCGCCCCCUCCUUACAAGUAUGAGUCACCACCACCACCUCCUUACAAAUAUAAGUCACCACCACCUCCUCCAUACAAGUAUGAAUCACCACCGCCUCCUCCUUACAAGUAUGAGUCACCACCGCCUCCACCAUACAAGUAUGAAUCACCACCGCCUCCUCCUUACAAGUAUGAGUCACCACCGCCACCUCCUUACAAAUAUAAGUCACCACCACCUCCACCAUACAAGUAUGAAUCACCACCCCCUCCUCCUUACAAGUAUGAGUCACCACCACCUCCACCAUACAAGUAUAAGUCACCACCACCUCCGCCAUACAAGUAUGAGUCACCACCGCCACCUCCUUACAAAUAUGAGUCACCACCACCUCCACCAUACAAGUAUGAAUCACCACCACCACCUCCUUACAAAUAUAAGUCACCACCACCUCCACCAUACAAGUAUGAGUCACCACCGCCACCUCCUUACAAAUAUAAGUCACCACCACCUCCGCCAUACAAGUAUGAAUCACCACCGCCUCCUCCUUACAAGUAUGAGUCACCACCACCUCCACCAUACAAGUAUGAGUCACCACCACCACCUCCUUACAAGUAUGAGUCACCACCACCUCCACCAUACAAAUAUGAAUCACCACCACCGCCACCUUACAAGUAUAAAUCACCACCACCCCCUCCUUACAAGUAUGAGUCACCACCCCCUCCACCAUACAAGUAUGAGUCACCACCACCACCUCCUUACAAAUACAAGUCACCACCUCCUCCACCAUACAAGUAUGAGUCACCGCCACCACCUCCUUACAAGUAUGAGUCGCCACCGCCACCACCUUAUGUCUACAAGUCACCACCCCCUCCACCUUACAAAUAUGAGUCACCACCUCCACCUCCUUACCUCUACAAGUCACCACCACCUCCACCUUACAAAUAUGAGUCACCACCACCACCUCCUUACAAGUAUGAGUCGCCACCGCCACCACCUUAUGUCUACAAGUCACCACCCCCUCCACCUUACAAAUACGAGUCACCACCUCCACCUCCUUACCUCUACAAGUCACCACCACCCCCACCUUACAAAUAUGAGUCACCACCACCACCACCUUACAAGUAUGAGUCACCUCCACCUCCUCCUUAUGUCUAUAAAUCACCACCGCCACCUCCUUACAAGUACGAGUCACCACCACCUCCUCCUUAUGUCUACAAGUCACCCCCUCCCCCACCUUACAAGUAUGAGUCACCACCUCCGCCUCCUUACAAAUAUGAGUCACCACCACCUCCAACAUACUACAAGUAAACCAUCACAUAUCACCUCAAAGCAAUGCACCAUUUCUUGUCUGUGUAAGCCAACAUCUUAGACCUCUCUCACCUGAAGAACUCGCAUUCGUGCGACCAUGCGAGGACGAAGAUGGAUGAAUAAGUUAGAAUUAGAUGUUUUAUUUUGUGAUUUCAAUCUUCAUAAAUAAUUCCUCAUUUCUAUUAUUGUACUUUAAUUUGGAUGUCUGUUAAAAUAAGAUGCUUCUCUUAAUGGUGUUUCAUACUAUACAUAUCUCUGAUCCAGCCUUUGUUGCCUGUAAAUUAGAGCGAAAUGAACCUAUUUUGGUCUGUUGGAACAAUCUAGGGAGAAGUAAUUUGAUUAAUUAGUUCCUCUUUAUAGGGGUUACUUAGUUCUUCAUUGCUUCUGAUUAUGUUGUAAUAAAUUGUUUUACAUGCUACAUGGUACAUGUAUUGUCUGAAUA